AGAAUACGUUAGAGUAAUCAGAUCGAAAUUUAGAGUUAGAAGUUUGAAGUUAAAAGUUUGACGAUGGCCGACAGACCUCGCAGAGACGUCCAUGGAUUGAAUUAUAAGUCACUAUCGGAGUACGGGAUCCCAGAUGUGGGGGAAACCAAAGAGGAGAAGAAACUUGAAGAUCCAAGCAGUGUUAAAAGGAAGUUGGACGUGAGGGACGAGAAAAAAUCUCUAAGCAGUGCGAAGAAGAAGUUGGCGGCAGCCCUCAGUCUAGACAAAUCCUGCAAUGAAGAUGAUGUUGAAAACGAGGAGUUGAGAUGUUUAAGGGCGGAGUUAAAAAGCACAGAAGAUGAUUUAAAAUCACAGAGAUUACAAAACGAAAAGUUGAAGUUGAAGGAAGAGUUAAAGAGAAAACAGCAGGAGUUAGAAAAAGAGAAAGAAGUUGUGACCAGUAAGAAGGUUUUGGUUUUUACAGAUUCUAUAGGGAAAUAUUUGGAUGACAUAAUUUGCAUGGAUUUGGUCGCGGUCAGAGGAGCCAGGAUAUAUUCUUUAAGAAACAUGAUUAAGGGUAGAGAUAUAUGUUUAGCUAACUAUUCUCAUAUUAUUAUUCACUUAGGUACGAAUGAUAUAGUUAAUAACUCUGUUGACAAAAUUAUUGCUGAUUUUAGGGAACUUAUUGUUACUAUCAAAUCUUAUUCAUCCAGUAUUAAAAUUUUUAUAUCUUCUAUUCUGCCAAGGCCUGUUGAUUUUUCUUAUACAGGUAAUAAGUGUAAAAGUGUUAAUUUAGAAUUGAGCAGGAUGUGCUCUAAGAGUAAUUUAAGCUAUAUUAGGUCUUUUAAAAGAUUUUUUCAUAAAGGCAUUCCAGUAAGGUCAUUAUUUGCUUUUAAAGAUGGUGGGCUUCACCUUAAUGAAGCUGGGCAAUAUGAAUUGCGCCAGUGUUUCCAGCAUGCUAUUAAUCAUAUGUAAAUAAUUUAGUAUUUUGUAUUUUGUCUUCAUGUAUGUCAUUAUUAUUAUUUAGUUUUUAUAGGCUAGCCUAAAGGGAGUGUUUCAUUCCUUAGGUGUUUGAAUUUUCAAGGGAGUGUUUCAUCCUUUGGAUUCAUUAGUGUAUAUAUGUCUCUUUAAGGUACUCUACUUUUAGGAGAGAUUUCCGUGAGUAUCUCCUAAGUAGAUCUAGCAGCUGAAGAAGUGUUUUAUUCUUCCUGCUUGGAGUUGAACUUUCAAGAGAGUGUUACAUCUCUUGGGUUUAACCACAUCUGUAACUUGUUUGGUUUUGUU